AAAUACGUAUGCCCUCAAUGCAACAAAAGGUUCUCGAGGCCAUCCUCAUUGAAAACGCAUACAUAUUCACACACGGGAGAAAAGCCGUACGUUUGUGGAUUUCCUACCUGUAACAAAAAAUUCAGCGUACAAAGCAAUAUGCGAAGACAUAUGAAAGUUCAU